AUGACCGUAUCUACAUGCAAGAGGAGGUCAGAAGUUUUCAGUUUACCAUACUUCCUGGGUCCCAAUCUUUAUUUUUUGUGGUCUGCUCCUUGCUAUGCAAUAGUCAAACGACGGGUGCAAGAUUUCAAGGCCGGGAAAGUCACUGAAAGACGAACCGUUGAAAGAUCUUCAACAGCGACCACACAGAAAAAUAUAGAUAAAGACCAUGAAUUUGUUAUAGAAAACCGGCGAAUUUCUAUUGAUGAGAUAGAGGAGGAACCAGGCAUCUCACAUGGAUCAAUCGUGGUUAUCCUCCAUGAACAUUUGCAUAUGAAUAAGGUUUGUGCAAGAUGGAUCCCUAAAAUAUUGGCAGCUGAAAUGAAGCAGAACCUAGUGGCUAUUAGCCCUGUUCUGUUAACCAAGUACAACCUGGACCCUCACGCCUUCCUUUUUAGACUGGUAAACUGUGAUGAAACCUGGAUAUAUUUCUGA